AUGUCUGAACACGAAGAUACUUCCCUCGACACUGGCUACAGCACGCCAGUGCCCGAGUUAGAUGACCACAGAUAUCAAUCACAACCUCUCCCAAAAGCUCGAUCUCGCAGUGGUACAAUUGAUACCUUAUACGCUCCGUCGCCUCGAGCCCCGAUGAGUCCAGACCUAGCACGCGUAAACAAUACACUUCUUCACACUAUCGCAAGAGAUUUCGAGGAAGCGAUCGUCGAUGAGGACUCUAGGGGAGUUUCCCCUAUGGUUGUUCGGAUUGCAGACAGAAGUCGCCGAGGGACUGCAGGCACUGCUGGUAUCCGGGAUACAUCUCCACCUAGUUCAGUAAAGGCAUUCGCCGAUGCAAGGAGACGGGAACGGGAGAUGUCUAUCUCGGACCCGACCUCUGUGAAGGCAUUUGCAGAUGCUAGACGCCAUGAAGAGCACAAUCCUCUUCAUAGAUCAGAUUCACGUGCCAGUCACCGAAGCCAUCAUACCUUUCGUAGCAGACGUUACACUAACGACGAUGAGACAAAGAGCUUCGCAGGAUCGUCCAAGUCGGCAGAGGAGGAUGUUUGCUUUCCUCUACACUCUUCUCCGACUAAAGCUUCGCUCCAAAUCAAUUUUGACACUCUUGAGGAUUUCAUUGAAGAUGAGGAAAGUCGUGCUAAGACUCCAGUAAACCACACGCUACCUCGAGUCUUUAACGACCUGCGAACCAAUGGUGCGGUACCCACGAUUGUAACAUCGGAAGGUAAUGUUGUCGAUAUUCCUUCAGGUUCACCAUCUUCAAUAAAUGAGAAGCUGGACUUAUCUAGCCUUGAAGAAAUCACACGACCGCAGCAGCCACACCUCGACGCCAACAGAUUUGAAUACUUCUCCUCGUACGGAGUAGAUACUAUUCAUGCAGCAGAAUUUGGUGAUCUCAUUUUGGAAGGAGAAGAUAUCCGAAAUCUAUUUACCCUUCCGCGGGCACAGCAAGGAGAUGGCGUUUGGUGGUUAAACAUGAACAGUCCAACGGAGAAUGAGAUUGGAGUAAUCUGCAAGGCAUUUGGAGUCCAUCCCCUGACCAUUGAGGAUAUUAAAGCUCGAGAAAUGCGAGAGAAGAUUGAGCUCUUCCCUUCAUACUACUUCGCUUGCUUCCGUACCUUCCGCGUAGUGGAAAUCGAGGAUGGCCAAGCAUACGAACCAUUCAAUAUUUAUGUGAUUGUUUUCCGAGAGGGUUUACUCAGCUUCAGCUUUUCGCCAAACCCACAUGCAGCUCAAAUUCGUAAGCGCAUCACAACGCUCAAGGACUAUUUGGCUUUAAACAGUGAUUGGAUAUGUUAUGCUUUAAUAGAUGACAUCGUGGAUUCUUUCGCACCUGUUAUCCAUAGGAUCGACAACGAAACAGAUACGAUUGAGGAUCAGGUGUUUAUUGCUCGCACUGAUGACAUGCAUGCCUUCCUACGGAAAAUCGGCAUGGUCCGUAAGAAUGUCAUGGGUCUGAUGAAACUUCUUGGAGGCAAAGCCGAUGUCUUGAAAGGUUUCACAAAGCGCUGUAAUUCAAAUUACAGUGUCACCCCUCAUAUGGAUAUUGGUCUGUAUCUUGGCGACGUUCAAGAUCACGUUGUCACUAUGAUGACCAGUUUGGGUCACUCUGAGAAGAUGCUCUCUCGGUCACACAGCAAUUAUCUGGCACAACUCUCUAUCGACAACAUCACCCAAGGAAACAACGCAAAUAAGGUCCUCAGCAAAAUUACUCUCCUCGCCUCCAUCCUCGUUCCCCUCAACUUAGUAUGUGCAUACAAUAAAUCACCCAUUAUCAUCAUCAAAAAAGAAAGCGGAAACCGAAGCAUGGACUCCUCAUCCUCACAACAGCAAACGCCGGAUCUCUCCAAGUUGUCGGAUCGUGAUAAGCAGGAAUUACAGCAGUUUAUUGUUAAUGAGACGCAGAAGACUCAGAUUCAGCAGGCGGUCCACUCCCUAACAGACGUGUGCUGGAAAAAAUGCAUAACAGGCAAUAUCCGCAGCGGAAAACUCGAUAAGGGAGAGGAGAGUUGUGCGAUGAAUUGCGUGGAUAGGUUUUUGGAUAGUAGUCAGGUGGUGCUGACGCAUUUGAAUACUCUGAGGGCGAAGGGGGGAGCUUGA